AUGGGAACAGGAAGAAAGCCCUGUUGUGUUCAAUCAGAAGUGAAGAGAGGUGCAUGGAGUCCUGGUGAGGACCUUAGGCUUAUUGCUUAUGUUCAGAGAAAUGGACACUCAAAUUGGAGGACACUACCCAAGAACGCAGGUCUGCAACGAUGCGGGAAAAGUUGUCGUUUGAGAUGGAUUAACUAUCUGAGGCCAGAUGUGAAGCGGGGAAACUUCACGAAAGAGGAGGAGGACAAAAUUAUCAAACUGCAUGAAGCUCUGGGGAACAAAUGGUCGAAAAUUGCAUCUCAUUUACCUGGAAGAACUGACAAUGAGAUCAAGAAUGUAUGGAACACUCAUUUGAAGAAAAGAUUAUCCAAGGAUGAUACCAAUUCCGCCACAAAUGGACCAAACUUGACCUCCUCAGCCUCGUCCUCUUCGACCACCACGAUCGAGUACUCUAGUGGUGGGAAUAUCGAGAUGGGAAAUAUCGAGAUCCAAGAGGCGCAAAAUCCCCAAUUCUUGAACCAAUUUGUGAGCUCCUCCAACAUGGGCAUGAGAGAGAUAUCAAAGUUAAGUUCAACUUUCUCUUCCAACAAUUCAAAUAUCCUCACUCAUCAUGAACUACUUGAUUUGCCAAACCCUGGAUUUGAUGAAGCUAUGGAUAUUGCAUUUGAUUUCAACUUCUUGGGAGAUUAUCAUGAGGAUGAUGAAAUGUCCAAUGCUAUUACUACUACUACUAAACAAGACAAUGUGCCAUCAUUAGACCCUAAUAGGGAUAUUUGGAAGAUAAUUGAAGAAAUGGAACCAAGUGAGCUCCAACACCAUAUUGAUGAGGCAGCAGAAGAGAAUGAAAGGGAGAUGAAGUGGAUUACUUACUUGGAGAAUCAUUUGGAUCUUGAUGAUGAUGUUGGUGAUGAAACUAGUACAAAGAAUUUGUUGUCAAAUGAUGCAAGUUUUGAUGAUCAAUUAUUACAGCCAGACCAGAGCUUUCAUCAGUAUGAACAGUUGGUAUUGAAUCCUCAAGUGGAUCAAGGCUUUGGUCGUCUUCAUGCUUGUCCUUCAUCAUCAACCACCACAAACAACAACAACAAGAAGAACAGCAGCAGCAGCAACUAUAUUUUCUGA